CGCGAUUAUCCAUUUUACAAUUCUACCGUCCACACACUCCCUAAUAUCUCAAAUUUUACCCCCUAGCCAUGCCGUACAUCAUUCCAACUCUUCUAGGAACAGUACCAUACCUCCCCUUCAAACACAUAUCACAUCCCAUCGAGAUAUUUUUAGAAGACUUUCCCAUACACCGCAUAAAAAGCGAGAGCCUGCCGCUUCCACAUCUCAUGCACUGCACCAACACGGUGUACCUAUCACUGAAAAAUGGUAUGUCCGGCCGUUCCACACUCAUACACACGAAGCAGGGCUGCGUAAGAAUAGAUGACAGAAAAUUGCAAAGUAUCGCACAGAACAACAACUUCAGAAUUGCACAUAUCGAUGUGCCAUCGGACAUCAGCGCAUUUAUAGCGCUGCUUGUGCAUGAGAACGCGCCAAAACAGGUCAGCACCCGCUUUGUUAAUGAGCUGGAUCGAAGGAUCGUGAUCAACGAUGAUGAUACGAACCAUAACACACUGUUUAAGCCUUUUAAUGAAGAUUACGUGGAUUAUCUGAGGGAGUGUGGGGAUAUGCUGUACAUGAGCGUGGUUGUUGAGCAUAACUACGGGGUGAUUGACCAUGUUGUGAGUACACUCAGCGAAUUCGAGGACGGAGUGCUCGAUAUUGCCUACAAGUAAGAGAAAUCUCAUAAGAUGGAGUAAAAGAAGUAUUUGAUAUUUAUUUGUGUUUUAUUGGUUAUUGGAUAAGAGAAUGCAUAAAU